AUGCGCAAGCGCAUGGCACGAGCCCAAGAUGGAAUCCUGAAGCACAUGCUGCGCAUGAUGGAGCUCUGCCACGCGCGAGGCUUCGUGUACGGCGUCAUUCCCGAGGCUGGCAAGCCGGUUGGGGGCAGCUCCGACAACCUCCGAGCCUGGUGGAAGGACAAGGUUCGGUUCGACAAGAACGGCCCCGCAGCACUGGCGAAAUUCGAGGCGGAACGGGCGGCAGCAAUGGGGGGAGGCGCAGGGGGAGGGGAGGGCGGGGGAGGGGGAGGAGGAUUGGCGCCCACGUGCAUGCCGCUGCACUCGCUGCUUGAGCUGCAGGAUACGACGCUGGGUUCUCUGCUAUCGGCUUUAAUGCAGCACUGCUCUCCUCCUCAACGCAAAUUUCCGCUAGACAAGGGAGUCGCUCCCCCCUGGUGGCCGUCGGGCAACGAGCCCUGGUGGGGCGCUCUCUCCCAGGGGCUGGGGCUGAAUCAAAUCACGAGUCCGGGCGGUGGGGGGGACUCGGGCCUGCCGCCCUACCGCAAGCCGCAUGAUCUGAAGAAGGUGGCCAAAGCGGCCGUGCUGGCGACGGUUAUAAAGCACAUGCUGCCCGAUGUUCCCAAGAUUAGAAGGCUGAUACGGCAGAACAAGGGGUUACAGCCGCAUGAUCUGAAGAAGGUGGCCAAGGCAGCCGUGCUGGCGACGGUGAUCAAACACAUGCUGCCGGAUGUGCCGAAGAUUAGACGACUGAUUCGGCAGAACAAGGGUUUACAGAAUAAGAUGUCAGCACAGGAGACGAGCAUUUGGCUGGCAAUACUGAAUAAUGAAGAGCGAGCGAUCAAGCUUCAAAACGGCGACCUAGCUCGGGCGGGCAGCAAAACGGGCAGAGAAAAACAGGAAAUGGCGCGACAGCAGCAGGAGGAGGUGGAGGAGGAGAAGAGGAUGAUGGGGAUGAGUGGGAUAUAG